CUUAUAGGAAGCGUGAAUGAUGAUCCUUGUGCAGAUCAAUGUAUAUGUAAGGAACAUGUGGAAGGAGAGAACUGUGACAGAUGUAAGUCUGGAUUCUACAAUCUACAAGAGAGGAAUCCAGAGGGCUGCACUGAAUGUUUCUGCUUUGGUGUUUCUGAUGUCUGUGAUGAACUCUUUUGGCAUACCACUCAGAUGUCUGAUAUCCAUGGUUGGCAUGUCAGUGACUUGCAUGGAUCUGAGAGAAUUUACCCACAACAAGACCUGUUUGAUGGUCCUCAUCAAAUAAGCAUCAAUAACUCUGAGGCCAGGAAGAUAUUUCACUCCAUCUAUUACUGGGAGGC